CGCAUGCAUCCAUGGAUCGCCAUCCUCGUCCACAUCACCCACCUCACUCACCAGCACCACCAACAUCACACCGCCCGUUCACGUGCCCGUACUCUCCAUAAAAGGCUUGGGGCAAUAUUUCCACUAUUGCUGCUGCCUCUGAUGCUGAACUGCGAACCCCCCACACCUGAUGCUGCUCCUCGACGAGUGCUGGCACCUCCCGCCUCCAUCCUUCCAGUGCCUCGCCGCCUGCGCCGCUUCCCGUAGAGAUCCCCGGCGUCCACGCUGCCGAUAUCAUCAUGGCUAAAGACUCCCGCGGCUCUCUCCAGCACACGCUGGACCACAUACACACGUCUGCCUCGCGCUCAGAGGUCCUGACAACCUUUGACGACCUAGCAGCCCCUGCAGUGUCGUCCUCUGUGACCGAAGUCAAAGCUAUUGAGCUGGUGCAGGGGGGUUUUAGUGGCCUUUACAGCCGCAUCAAGGCCUCCGUGGGAGGUGUGAAGGAGAACGGUGUUGACACUGCAGACGAUGCAGUUGUUGGAGGCAGUAAGAAUAAGGCCGCGACAAAAGCGGGGCAGACUCCGAAAAGCCCCACUAAUACGGCUGUGUCGUCCCCCGUUGUAGUCUCGGUGCCCUCCUCGAGGCUGCAAUCGCCCCUCGUAGCAAUCUUCCCCGACAAUCCGCUGCCACCCUCACGGGACUCGAACGUGUCCAGCUCCGCUGUGUCGACGAGGCCGUCGAAUGGUUCUAAAUCUUCGCUUGCCACGACCAGGUCGAGGCCGUCAAUAACCUCGAGCGCUGACCCUGCUAAAGCAUCUAGGGACGACGAUCCCUAUACCCAGAGCCCCGUCAGCUCCCACUCCAAAGCACCGAGCGCAUCCGCCCUUGAUCCGCCUGCAAAGGCUGUCUCGUCAAUCAUGACGCCCUCCCUAUCUCAAACCAAAGAAUCGCCCCGGCACGCACCCGUCCAAGACGAGCCUUUUCGACCCCAAAAAGGCGACAUGGAUCUUAGGGAUGAAGAAAGCGAUACGACCGAAGACGAUCUCGUCAUGGUGGAUGGUGGAGGCUUUGCCAAUGACAACGCCAGAUUUGCCUUCUCCCCGGAAGGUCCGAACGAUGGAUUAGCAAGUAUCAAUUCUCGCGCAGAGCACCAGUACAGGUCUUCUUCGUCCGCCACCAAAGGGGACACUUCCGAUACUGUAUCUGAAAUUACUGGGAUUCCCCGUUAUACGACAAAUGCUCAGACGCCAAUGCUCGCUCCAGCACCGCAACGUCCCCAAUUGGUCCAGGUUGGCCCCUCACACUUACCAGGAUAUCGGCCUUCAAGAGCAUCCUCGUCCGAUGGCUUAAGCUCCAUCAUAACGUCAACGACGGUCCGGAGUCCGGGAAUCCCACCGAUUGAGGAAGCGAAGCAGCUACCCAAACCAUCGUCUAAUAACCUCCCUAACAAUGCCUUCUCGCAGAUGCGGAGGAAGAUCCUGGACCGAGAAUUCUGGAUGAGAGACGAGAAUGCGAAGGACUGCUUCAACUGUGGAGAUGCCUUUUCCACUUUUCGACGGAAACAUCAUUGCCGUACUUGUGGACAGAUUUUUGAUGCCAAGUGCACGUCUCUGGUGUCUGGUAAAAUGUUUGGACAAUCCGGAAACCUUCGCGUUUGUAAACCGUGCGAAGCCAUCAUUUACGGCAAUGAGGACGACUCUUCCGAUUAUACAGAUGACGGAGACCAGGGCUCUCUCUAUGAGCAAGAUGAACCACUGGAGCUCGGACAGGGCCAGUUCGACCCUUCAGAGAGUGACCAUACGAAGAUUGGCACACCAACAAUUAGCAUUCCCAUGUCACGAAAAGCAGGUAGCGAGAAGAAACGUCGAUCUGCUGUGAUUGAAGUCGCCCCUCCCACCCUUGCACGCCCUAGCUCCUCGAGAUCGCUCCGCUCCCUGAGUGGUAGACCGCGAUCUUCAAGCCAUAAACGUCACCACUCUCGUCACCAACACAUGCGCAACGUUAGAUAUGAUGAUCGGGCGCCAUUUCACCAGCACGGCUUUGAGAUUGGCCGCAACCGGUCGAAUCUACCCGCAUUCCAUCAUGACAACAUUAUUGACCCAGACCUCGCACCUUUCAUGUCGGAUGAAGACUCUAGCGAAGAAGAGCAGGCAAGCAUUUUUGCAGCCCUGAGAGGAGACUCGCCUUCACAUGCUAGCCUGGAUAGUGAAAGGAGCGGUCUUGGCGGGCUUUUCGCGGCCAUGAGGAAGGGAAAGUCUAGAACUGGUGACCGAAGCGUAGUCAGCGGAGGUCAUGCGCGGGAUACCGACAAUGCUAGCGUCACAAGUCGUCACGUCAACCGUAAUUCACGGAGACGAAACCUUAGCGUUAGCAGUGUUGCUCACCCAAGGCCUUCACCUAAACGUUCCAAAAGUAAUAGCCUACUUAGGUCAUUCGGCCCUAGCCUUGGAGGUACGGGUUCAAUAGUGCAGUCACCUACCCCGCUACCCCAACCUCAACCAAUGCUUCCUUCAGGGUCGAAGAUUACACGUAGUGCCUCGAUGCGUGGUGGAAAUGCCCCUGCCAUUGAAUUGAAUCAAGCGAGUCUGGAGCAUGUACGGAAGCUGUUGAAGCAGUUGCUCCAGGAUGCUGCUAUACCGUCUGUUUCGAGCUGGGAGAAGGCACUCAUGCCAAUCUUGUUGCAGUGUACAGACGAUGUCAAUCCCGACGUUCAACGGCACGACGAUAUUGAUAUUCGGCACUAUAUUAAGCUCAAGAAAAUUCCUGGAGGCAAGCCUAGCGAUACAUCUUACGUUUCUGGUGUUGUAUUCACCAAGAACAUCGCUCUGAAAAGUAUGCCGCGCAGCAUACCGAACCCGAGGAUCAUUUGUGUCACCUUUGCAAUCGAAUACGCUCGUCACCAGGCGCACUUCCUGAGCCUAGAGCCGGUCAUUGCUCAGGAACGAGAGUAUCUUCGUAACCUUGUGAGUCGGAUCGCCGCCUUGCAACCUCAUGUCUUGCUCGUGGAACGCAAUGUGUCUGGUCUUGCGCUUGAGUUCCUGGAGCAGGCGGGCAUUGCGGUCGCCUACAACGUUAAAUUCAGCGUGUUGAAUGCCGUGGCAAGGUGUACAAAUACCCGGAUGAUUUCUUCAGUGGACAAGCUAGCCAUUGACCCAUCUCAACUUGGACGCUGCGAGAGUUUCGAUGUCAAAACAUAUGUGCACAAGAAUAGUAGAAAGACUUACAUAUACCUCUCUGGGUGUCAGCGAGAGUUGGGCUGUACAAUCGUUCUCCGAGGCGCCGAUAUGGAGAACCUGAUGAAGCUGAAGCGAAUCACAGAGUUUCUGUGUUACGUGGUCUAUAACUUGAAGCUAGAGACCUGCCUCAUGCGCGACGAAUUCGUCCUAAUCCCUUCGACUUCCAGUGGUGGAAGCUUGACAUCGAAGAAGCAAAGGGACGAGUGCGCGCAGUGUGCGCCGGCCGAAAUUUCUCAAGCCUUGAUCGAUACUGGAUCUACCACUGGCGCUUCAAGUAAAUUGCCAUCAGAUGCUGUUGCUGCAAACACCACCGACGGAGCACAACUCACCACAGGGGAGCUCCAUGUACCACAUGAUGAGCCUGCGCCAUCGUAUUACAGCGAAAUGGUGGAGAAGCACAACACGAAAAUCCUCUCUGCCUCUCCCUUUGUCAAAUUCAUGCAGCCUUAUCUACUCAUGCAAGCCCGUGAGCAAGAGAGGAAGCUGAGAUAUCUCAAGAAGCUGCGGGAUCAAUACUCCCCGGUCGACGAUGAGAAGGUCUCUGAAGAAGCAAGCCAAAAAUUCGAAUUGGUACAGCCAGAAAUGGUACAUACGAUGGUCGAACAGGCUUCGAAGCAAGUCCGUGAUUUCCUCCAUGCGGUUCAUGCAGCUGAAUACGACAAAGCCCUGCACAACUACCAAACGCAGAAGCGCCAGUGGGAAACAUACCUAUCUGGAAACAUGAACUUGUUCGAUCCUUUCAACCACCAGAAGAUUGCAGUCCUCUACAGCGUCGUCAAUUCCAUCACGUCAACGCCUUGUAUUGGGCCUGAAAUCAUCGCUUUAGGCUUCUAUCGCGAACAUGACUAUACCGAUGGCUUUACCCCUGAUUGCACACUUGGGCAAUAUGUCGAAGAUUUGUGCACUGGCGCUGGGACCCUCUGCGAAGUUGAUGGGUGCAAUCGGAGGCUGUUUGAUCACCACCGACAAUACGUCCACGGUGAAGGACAAAUGAGCAUAAUUGCUCAGAAGUAUCCAUCCAAGAUCCGCGGUUUGCAGAACACUAUUCUCAUGUGGAGUUGCUGCAGAAUUUGUGGCCAAGAAACUCAAGUAAUUCCCAUGUCCGAGAAUACUUGGAAAUACUCAUUCGCGAAAUAUCUUGAGUUGACCUUUUGGAGCAGCGAGCUGCACCCUCGAGCUGAUGUUUGCCCUCAUGACAUACACAAAAACCAUGUUAGGUACUUUGGGUUCAACAACGUGGCGCUUCGAAUCCAGUACGACCAGGUUCAACUCUAUGAGGUCAUUGUGCCGAGGCAAACGGUCACAUGGAAAGUCGAUAGUGACCUAAGGUUGAAAAAUGAGUCGUUUUUGAAGAUUGAGGAGAAGCUGGACCGGUUCAUGACCUCCGUCCGCGCCCGGCUUAGGAGCAUUCACGUCGAGAGCGUAAUUCCCGAGAAAGUCGAGAUUUGCAGAGCAGAGGUGGAGAAGUUGAUGAAGCGCGCGAAUGAAGAAAACGAGUGGUUGAGGCGCAAGCUCCAGCAAAAAUAUAUGGGCUCAAGAUACUACGAAAUCAUCCCACUCAACCGAGCAAUUCGGGCGAUACAAGAAAAAGCGAUCGCCUGGGACGACACGUUCAACGACUUUGAGCAACAAUUUUUCCCGUCCGAGAAGGAUAUCAGGCGACUAGCGGCGCUCCAACUAAAGAGACUCUUCUUAGAGCGAGACGAAUCUACUAGCUCCCUUACAUCGGUCGAAGAAGGUGCUGAGCCUGGUAACGAAGACUCUGAAACAAACGAGAAAGGGGAACCCCUUGCUUUAACGCCCAUGCCCUCAACAAUGUCUCCGGAGCGCGCGCGAGAUAUGUUGACUUCGGUUGUCGAAGAAGAUCAGUCCCAUGGUGGGAAACAAUCCCAUCUCGAAGAGAAUGCCCCAGCGGAGCCAAUUCCUACCACUAAUUCUCCACCUGCUCACCCAGAAUUGCCGAUUCAUAUGUCCAUUGAAGCGUUAGAAAGGGAGGAUGUCCGUCAUCUUGACCUCGCAGUGUCUUCAAAUUUCCCAGAGCAUGCCGUAUCGAAGGAAGAGCAUAUUCUGAAGACACCAACCCUUUCUCCAGAAUCACUAGUUCCCCCCGAACCAGGAUCACCGACCCCUAUCGUCCUCCCUAAAGUUAAUCCUAUCGACAAGAGUGCAGCAGUUGCCGUCGAGAACAUGCAAACAUCCCCGCCCUCAACGCAGGCGUCAACUAGCACACUCGAGUCCAAGAUUCCGAGAUUGGUGGAUACUAUUCGGCGUGAAAAUGCGGCUCGGCCUGUUGCAAUGACCCGAGCACAGUCUCAGCCCGGUAGUAUCCCAAAGCGGGAUUCAGCGUCAAGCACUUCAUCAAGCACCACGGCUGGAUCAAGUACUGGAAGCAAAGUGGACGCGCUCAGUAUCACUUUGAGCGAAUCUGCAAAGGCACUCGAGAGACGAAUGGCUGAACGCCUCGGGUAUCCUUUCAGACAAAAAUCGUCAAUGAUCCCUCGAUCCGUGCCGGCCAAUAAACAAAAAGUGCCAACAAAGGUAUCCACCCUAGCCAAACAUUUCGAGCAGCUUUCCCGCGAAUUUGAGAAAGAGCGCCAGCGUGAGCGACGUCAGCGUCAAGAGCGAAGUCGACAAGCCCGUGCGUAUCCUCUUGCAUCAUCAAAACCCAUCGUCGAGGUGUACAAAGAUGUCCACGAAGCUGUUCAUGGUCAUAGCCCAUCGGAUGAAGACCUCCAACCUUUGUCGCCAACGCGUAUCAGCACGGACAACAGCACACUCGGGGAUAGUUCUCUGACAGAAACCACUGGUCCGACUACUGCCUCUCAGUCUCCAGUAGAAGAACGCCACACUAGAGACUCCGCCGCAAAAGCUGGAGAAGGCGAAGAAGACCGACCUGACACUGGCAACACAAGCCAUCCUCCUUCUGACGUCGAGAACGAAGCCAGUGACAUCGAGAACAUACUCGAAGAGGUUGGAAUUCCGGAGAGCAUUGCGAGCUCACAGCUUCUGUCUUCUACCGAAUCGCAAUUAGAAAGUUCGCUAGAGUUGCCCAAGCAUGAGAAGACCACUCUCAUGAAAAUGCUAACCAGUUUUUGGUCCGAACGUUCCGCGAGCGGUUGGGCGCCUCUUGAUUAUCCUUUCCCAAACAUCGACCAUGUAUGGGAGGAUUCGGACAUUAUUAUUCGAGAGGAUGAGCCAAGCUCCAUCAUUGCCCUUGCCCUCUCGAGCAAAGACUAUUUAGACAAACUGGACGCUUUCCGUGCAGACAAAACGGUAGCUGAGAAAGGCGUCGGAGGUCUCAACGAAACCGAAGCAUCCAUCGAGCGCAAUCUCCUCAACGAAUCCAACGAAAACAUUCGCUAUAGCUUCAUGAACCGCGGCGUAAAAGCCCAAUGCAAGAUCUUCUAUUCCCAAUCUUUUGACGCACUUCGUCGCAAAUGCGGUGUCGCCGACCGGUUUGUAGAAUCUAUGUCACGAUGCUCAAAAUGGGAUUCGAAGGGCGGUAAGAGCAAAAGCAUUUUCCUAAAGACGCUGGAUGAUCGCUUUGUCCUCAAAUCUUUAUCACCGAUCGAGGUCAAUGCUUUCUUCCGCUUCGCGCCCAAUUACUUUGCCUUUACGCACCAGAACCUUUUCAAGAGCUUGCCGUCGGUCAUUGCGAAGAUGUUCGGCCUCUUCCAGGUCCAGAUCAAGACGCCCACAGGCAGGGAUUUCGACUGCUUUAUGCUAGUCAUGGAGAAUCUGUUUUAUGACCGCGAACCUAAUCGGAGGUACGAUCUUAAGGGCUCGAUGCGCAAUAGGAAGAUCCAGGUCACGGGGGAGAGGGACGAGGUCCUUCUGGACGAGAAUCUGGUGGAUAUUAUUUACAGCGAAACGCCGAUUUUUGUACGCGAGCAUACUAAGAAGUUGCUGAAGGCGAGUGUGUGGAAUGAUACGCUAUUUUUGAGUCAGCAAAACGUUAUGGAUUAUAGUCUUAUGGCAGGGUUUGAUGAUACAAGGAGGGAGAUUAUUGUGGGGAUUAUUGACUGCAUCCGAACCUACACAUGGGACAAAAAACUAGAAUCCUGGAUCAAAGACCGCGGCAAGAACAAGCCCACAAUCACUUCCCCCAAAGACUAUCGCUCGCGCUUCAGGAUCGCGAUGGAGAAAUAUAUUCUCCAGGCUCCCAACUGCUGGCACCAGUUCUCAGGGAGAGUGGGUGGUGCCGCUGCCGCUGGGCAAUCGACUAGGAUGAUGAGGUUGGAUAAUAGAGAGGCGCAGGGAUUGGAGGCGGAUGGGGACGAGGUAGCUAGGGUGGCUGGGGGGAGGAUUUGAAGGAGGGAAGAGUGGUUGAAAUGGGAGUGUUAGCGAACAAUUUGUGUGAUGUUUGAUGUUCGGUGAGAGCCGUGACAUGAUUGAUUGAGUGAAUGAAUUCUCAGAGCAUAGCGCGGGCGUUUAGUUGGGUUGAGUUCGUCAAGACAAAUUAUCGCAUCCCUUCACGAGCACCAUUUACCCUAGAGCUUAGAUAUCCCAUGGCUUACAUGUAGCCAGCCGACUUCACUGACUUGGCUUUCUUUGC